AUGGCUUCUGCAGAAUCACGAAUAUUAACCCUCAUUAAACGUUAUAUCACAAUCAAGCAUCUCAAUGAAGAGCCAGAACCCUUGAAUUUUCUGCCAGAUUUUAAUCCUUUAUUUACUCAAGACUUAAAAUACGACGAUCCUUGCACAACCCCUUUUAAAGUUUCUUUAGAUAAAGAUACAGCCCAUGAUGGCUAUUAUUCAAUAAAAGUUAAAUUUUCAGACGCCCUGAAGCCUCCAGACUCUCCUGUUUCUAUUGAUAUUUUGCAUUGAGAUUUAAUUUUAGAACAAAAAUCCUUGAUUUUACUAAUAAAAAGGCUGCAUGUUUUAAGUCCCUUAGCUUCUAAUGGAAAAAAAUAUAAUUUAAUACACACAAGUGCAAAUAUUCAGAAAAUCCUAGAAGAAGCUUGGAAUAAAAGAAAAUUUAAUAUUUUGGAGGAAGAAGAAUGGUAUGAAAAUGAGCUUAAAAAGGGGGAUAAAGAAGAGAAAAAAAAGAAUGAGGAAGAAAAAUUUGUGCCUUUUGAAAUAAUUUCGCUGGAUGAUGAUGAGGAUAAUGUGAUAAACAAUGAAAAAGAGAAAGCAGAAAAGCAGAUGGCUAAUGAAAAUAAAGCUGAUAAAUUGGCAAAUAGUGAAGAAAAGCAAAAAAAAGAUGAGGUGCAGAUAAAUAUGGAAGUCGAGAUACCUGUAGAUAGCAAACACGCUGAAAAGAGCAAUGGAGAGAUUUCUACAAAUAAUAUAGAUGUCUUAAAAGAGCCUAAGAAUAGUAAGACGAGUGAAGAGCUCAUAAAUACUGAGCUGCCAAGUGAGCUGCAGAGUAAUAAUCACAAAGAAGAUUAUGGAAAAACAAGAUGUCGAUUGAUGAAAUGCUUUCCCGAGUGGUCUUUAUAUUAUUUAAAAACUGUUAUACAUUAA